GCUAUUUAAAGGACAAGGGGAACUUCGCUUAAGCCACAGAGCUGAGACUGCAGUUAAAAGUACUGUACCAACUCGGGGCUGGACAAGGCUGCACCAUGAGUAAAUGUGGAGUGACCGCUACACAGUUUAAGCUUUAUCCUGGAGAAUCACUCGUCGUGAAAGGGACAAUUUUACCAGACUCCAAAGAAUUCGAGAUCAACCUGGGUAAAGACUGUGAUAACCUGGUGCUCCAUUACAACGCACGUUUUGACUGCAAGGGCGAUGUGAACACUGUGGUGUGUAACUCCAGGCGAGGCAGUGCCUGGGAGGCCGAGGAAAGACCACCUGACUUCCCUUUUCAUCACAAUUGUGAGGUUGAGAUCACCUUCAGUUUUACGGACAAGGACAUCCGAGUGAAAACGGAAGGGAGUGGAGAAAUUAUCUUCCCCAACCGGCUGGACCUUAAUCUGAUUGAUUAUCUUGGAGUGGAUGGAGACUUCAGAAUCAAAUCGGUGACAUUUCCCUGAGGAGAAACUGUCUCCCUUUUGGUCUUGUUCUCUGCUCGAAUAGAAUUGGUUGUCCCAAACAAUUUGACACGAUGUUCUAAGCAGGGGGUUGGACUAGAAGACCUCCAAGGUCCCUUCCAAGUUCCAACUCUGUUAUUCUCUUGUUUUUUCUGGAAUUUGUGCAUUCCUUUUAUCCAUUUUUUUUGACACUUGGACUCCUUAAAUUUUCACCCUCUUUCUUGCCCAUCUCACCUCAAGAUCCGUUUCUUUGCUGUGCUGUCUUAUGAAUGCGCUUCAUUUUCCAAGAAAUAAAGACCUAUGAAGAACA